AACACAGCGUUCCAGUCCACUAGCGCGUGAAUACCCUCGUGCUGUGCUAAUCUGAGCAUCGUGGCGAAACCGCGCAUUCUUACUUGUCUGUUUAUGUGUUUUUUUAUUCGGGUUGUUAUUCUGUGAGAAUGAACGGCAUGGGGAGCACGUGCAUGUUGGAGGAGCUCCGGUCGGACGGCAGAGCGGAGGGACGACGUCGCCUCAGACUCACCUUACAUGAGCAGAGCCCACAAAAGCCACCGACUGGAGGAAAGCCCAUUGGUAGAGCGUUUGCCUUGGUUCAGCCGGCCAAUGAGAGGCAGCCUCUGAAGACACAGCCAAUCAAACCAGAAGAGAAGGUUGAAGUCAUAAAGGUCUAUCUGGAGGCACGGAGACAGGAACAGGCAGACAGUGAAGAGAGUCUGAAAAUGCUCUCACAAGAGGUGUCACAAAUCCAGGAGGUGAGAUACUGUCUGAAAUCCCUGAGGGAGCAGAUGGCUGCAAAGACCAACCACAGAACAGAACACAAGUUGCUGUUAACUCAGAAUGGUCUCGGUGAAGAGACUGGACCCCUGCCAACAUCUGCAUUAACAUGGGAUAGUGAGGACAACCAGAAUGAAGAGAGCGAGGAGGACCCCGCCAGGAUGAGAGAGGUUAGCCGGCGUCUCUACUCUCAACUCCAGGAGGCAGAAAGGAGGCACCAGGAGGAGAGAGAGAAGCUCCAGGCAGAGGCUUGUCAGUAUAAAAGGGAGCUCUCCGAGCAGAGCAAGCGUCUGAAGCAGGCCCAUGACUCCGCCCAGCAGCAGGACCAACAAAUCAGAGAACUCCAGCGCCUGAUGGGCGGGAUGGAACAGGAGAGCUCUUCCCUGAGGGAGGAGCUUCUGAUCAGGGAGGCAAAGCUUCUCCAGCUGCAGGAGCUGAAGGAGGAGGCCGAAGCCAGUAGGGAGAGACUGGAGGAACUGGAGAAGGAGAAUGCCAUCCUGAGAGAAAAGAUCCACCACCUGGAUGACAUGUUGAAGAGCCAACAGAGGAAACUCAGACAGAUGAUUGAGCAGCUGCAGAACUCUCGUAUGCUGAUUCAGGAGCGCGACCGUGUCAUCAAAGAUCUGGAGGAGAAAGUAGCCUUCCUAGAGGCAGAGAACAAACAGAUGCGUGACCAGAUGGACUACCUCCUUGAUGGUCAAAGGUCAAGCUCACAUCUGCUGCCAGAUCACAAUGCCCAGAUUGUUUACAGUAAACCCCUCAAGCCGUCCACUCAAAGCAGUAAGAGUCUGCCCUUCAUCAAAGUGAUAGAGAUCAAAUCCUGAACGCUCCUAUGGCAGCGUUGCUAUGGGGAUGCUGUGACAACAGCACAAUCGUUCACCAUCCAUGCGCCACGGCAACGUGCAGCACGGCGCAGCUUUACGGCUUUGACGUCUGACUGGCUGACUACAGACGCUUGUUACCACAGCAGCUCAUCACGACCUGCCGUGGCUAAUUUCUUUAUUAACACGCAAGUAGGGAACUUUGGUUGUGGGUGGGCGUGAACAGUACGGUGUCAGUUCCCACGUGUUUUUUAGCAUGUUAACUCUCACCUAAAUGGAAGUGUGAUCUUAGGUGUGGUUCAGAACAGAGUAAGAUCUAUUCAAAUGAAGUACAACAGCUAAAGCUAAAAUGGAACUAACAGUCCAACCCAACCAGACCAGUCGAGCUAACAGAAAAACAGACUACAGCUUUACCCCCGUGAACACAAUAAGGCCCAAUCUCUCAACCUCUCUCUCUCUGAGGUUUCAGGUAUUUGAUACGUGUUCUCUCUCUCUCUCUCUCUCUCUCUCAUUUGAUACGUGCUCUCUCUCAACCCGGCAGUCAGCAUUAAAUAUUAAUCAUUUGAAACCCUUGACAUGAGGUCAGGCUGAGCUGUAGGAAGAAGAGAUUUCAAUGAGGGAACAAAGUGUAAAAUGAAGUCGUAAUGAAGGAACUCUACAGGAGCGUUACAGACCAGGUCUACACGAGUCCUACUUACAGCUGAAGUGCAAAACGCCUCAGCUGCAACUUCAAAGUGUCCUGGUUUUUAAAUUAUCACGCUAAGCCCAGAGGUCUUUAAAUGACUAAACCCAGAGGUGUUUAGCCAGACAACUGUUUAAACAUCUCGCUAAACUGAGACAAGGCGCUUAAAUAGUCUCGCUAAACCCACAUUCGAAUGCACAAGCCUGUUUACAGAUAUCUCCAUGGUAACCCGUGGCGAUGAGACUGUGGUUUGUUUUGUUCUGUUGAAAGGCAGAGAGUGCCACUGGUGUAUCAGGGACUGGUUUUCCAGGUCCCACUCUGGGAUGUGGGUAGUUUGACUAGUGAGGAGUUUCAGGUGUGUCAGUUUAGAUUCCGUGCCUCCUGCUCCGAUACCGAGGAUACACCCUGCUGGCAGUAUCAAGAAUUUCCAUCACAGUCCAACAAAAGCAAAUAAAACAAUUCCUCCCACUGACAUAUGGUAGUACUGAAGCUAAUGUAUUCAGUUCAUUUCAGUUCCCUGAUGUUUCAUCUGUCUGUGAGUUUCACAACAUAAGUUUUUAAAAAUUGUUUUUCUUCUGUAAAUGGCCGUAAAAACACAUCACUGCUGCACAUUCUGUUCUUUAUUUAAUAUUAAAAACUAUUUUUGUAGUGAAACCUUUGACUGCUUUUAGAAUUAAAUGCAACAUAUAUUUAUAUAAGAUGACCUUUUUGGCUAUUUGAAUAAAGUGAUCUGAAAGCUU